UUCCGAAAGUCCAUAGGAUUAUAGCGAGAUUUCUCUUAUUACACUGUUCUUCCUCUGAAACCCUAAUCCCCAAAUCACGAAAUCGAACCCAGCUCGGCUGCGCGGAAUCCACCCUUCCAUCCCCCAGCAUGGCGAUCGCUCGCACCGGCGUGUACGUGGAUGACUACUUGGAGUAUUCGAGCACCCUGGCUGGCGAUCUGCAGAGAAUUCUCUCCACCAUGCACGAGCUUGACGAGAGGGCGGAUGGCAUUAUGGGUCAGACAAAAGAACAGAUCAAGCAUCUCCUGGGAGUUCCAUCCCAUGGGUUUGACAGGCCAAACAUGUUGGGUGAUGAUGAGGCUGCCUCGGAGAGGAUGAAGAGGGAUAUUGAAAGUAGCCAGGACAAUGCGCUGAGUCUCUCCACCGAAAAAGUUUUGCUCGCACGCCAAGCUUAUGACCUGAUAGAGAGCCAUAUCAAACGCCUUGAUGAAGACCUAGGCCAGUUUGCAGAAGAUUUAAAGCAAGAAGGAAAAAUACCUCCAGAUGAACCACAUAUCCUUCCUCCAAUGCCAGUUGGUGGAAGGGAUGACAAACGAAGGCAUGGUCUCAGUACUCCCCAAGCAACAAAGAAGUUCAGAGAGAGGGAAUGGGAAAGGGUUAUGGACUUUGACUUAAUGCCACCUCCAGGCAGCAACAAGAAAACAGUUACAUCGGAUGCCGAUCAAAUGAUUGAUCCGAAUGAACCAACAUAUUGUGUAUGCCACCAAGUUUCAUAUGGUGAUAUGAUUGCUUGUGACAACGAGAAUUGUGAAGGAGGUGAAUGGUUCCACUAUUCGUGUGUUGGUCUGACACCAGAAACGAGAUUCAAAGGAAAAUGGUUUUGCCCGACUUGCAGGAAUCUUCAAUGAGAGGUUCUCCUAUGUUGUGUUAUGGGGACAAUGGCUCCAAUGAUCACAAGGGAAGAUGGUUCCCCCCGUCAUGCAGGACUCUUCAACAUGUAUAUACUGGGCAGAACAUAACAGUUCCGCAAACGAUUGAAACGCUUGUAGUUAUGGCAUGUUUUGUUAUGUUUCUUCCUUGUCGCUGCAUUUACUUGUUUGCUGACGCCUGUUGUGUCUGAAUUUUAUUGUAUGUUGAGAACCCUGGCAUCUAUUUAGUUUGUUCAUGAUGUUAAUCUCGUUGCUAUUAUACAUUGUCGCAAUGUUGCUCA